UUUGUAAAUAUAAAUACAAGAGAUUAGAGACACAAGCUUGCAUGUCAGGAUCUCGUUAGAAUGCUUUGCUUUGGUUUGGUUUCCCAGAGGAUAUACAGUCUUCAUAACAAUCUCUUUAUUCAGAGACAAACAAGACAAGGAAAUCAGAAAAAGAAGAAAAACAAUGGAAGCAUCAAAACCCAUACCCAAAGUUGGAGGAGAAGUGAGGCGUCUUCAUAUCAUUUACUUUCUUAGCCAUAUGGGUCGCAUUGAGCAUCCUCAUCUCAUUCGGGUUCAUCAUCUCAAUCGCAAUGGUGUUUAUCUUCGAGAUGUUAAGCGAUGGAUGGCUGAUCUGCGAGGGAAGGAAAUGCCUGAAGCCUUUUCUUGGUCCUAUAAGAGGAGAUACAAAAAUGGUUACGUUUGGCAAGAUUUACUGGAUGAUGAUCUCAUUACCCCAAUCUCUGACAAUGAAUAUGUUCUUAAAGGAUCCGAGAUUUUCCCCACCACCCAUUUCGAUACUACUGGUUCCGGUGAAAAUAGAGCUUCCAUUUUCAAAAAUGACAAGCAUGUCGAGGUUGGAAAUGAAGACAAACAAGAAGAGCAAGAGCGAUCUUCAACAAAAGAAGAUAACCAAAUAUCCCCAGAUACGAGUAUUGAUAUCUCAAUGAAAACGUCAUCUGAAAUUUAUCAUGAAUCACCUGUAUUCAGUUCAGAGAGAUCUACACUAACCCAAGAUUCCUUGAAGCGACCAGAUGAUUCUCAUGAGGAAGAAAUGGAAAAGUUUGAGAGUCUUUCAUCGUCUUCCUUUUACUCCAAUCUUUUAGGUAAAAAGAAGGAGAAGAAGAAGAACAAAAAGAAGACAAACAGCGAGGCAAGUAGUCAUAACGAGGAAGACAUCGACAGAAGCAGCAGUAGCAUUGAAAAGAUGGGUAGCCCAAGUUCAUCAUCCUCACCACAAUCACAAUCGCAGUUUGCAAAGAGCAAGAGCUAUUCAAGUGAAGCUUCAAAAAUGCUACGAAACUUGAUGACUUGCGGUGCAGCUGAUACAAAUGAUGCUGCAUUAAUUACCAUUAAUAAAUCAUCUUUAAGAAAGGAGGAGAUUUGCAAAGGAGGGUCUAGCAGAGCUUUAGGAACUCUUUGGAAUCAGCAACAACAGUGCAAUGCAAGUAGCAGGAGAAGCUUUGAUGGGAUGAAAGACUCGAAGCAGCACAAAAGCGGAUUCAAUAACCCAAAAGGGGUUGCUGCUGCUUACAAGCCAGUGGGUGCACCAAUCUGCUCGCUAUGCGGGAAGACCUUCAAACCAGAGAAAUUGCACAUACACAUGAAGUCCUGCAAAGGAAAGAGAUCUUAUGCAAAAACUGCAGCAGCUUCAGUCGGCAAGAAUCCAUCACCAUCAAUGAAUUCCAUGAAUCAACUAAUGGCUAUUUCCUAACUACAUUUGUUAAAUUUACAGAUAUGCAUAGUUGAUUUGCAAUUAUAAUGUGCCGAAAACGAGCCAUUAGCUUUC